CCCGCCGGCGUGGUCGACGAUUUCCCUCAUUCAGCGCUUAUCGCUAUCGACCCACUACGGUUGAUUAAAUCUUUCAAAUAUUUUUCCUCUCAGACGACGCCCUGGGCCGAGGUUCGCGCCCAACUGGGCACCCUCAGGCCUGUUGUCUUAAACGUUGUACCGGGUGAGAGCCUUCAGCGCUCCCCAUUUGUCCGGCCGUCUGUUGUUAAGCCGUCCAGGAAAUGCCUGUAUAGCUUUGGUGGCCAUAAUAUUUUCAUCCAUGGCCAAAUAGACAUAUGGUUGAAGGUUACUCGGGGCUCUAAAUCAAGUAGGUAUAAAGUUACUUUUCAGGUAGUACACACACCUCAUAUUCCAUUGUUGUCCUGCAAAGCUUGUGUAGAUAUGGGUUUGGUUAAAUUCUGUAAAGAAGUAAAGCAAAAUCACCAUCUGCGGCAAAUCUACAAUAAGUCACGUCAAAAAAAAAGACCACAAUCUCACCUGAUGGUAAUUGACGAUGUGGUCUAGGGUGGAUCACUCUAGCCAUGGGUUCUCAUCGCGAACAUUAGGAAACAUUGUUCAAAAAAAUUUCAAUAGAUGACGCUAAUAGUACCGAUUUGUAAUUAAAGUUUCUUUAAAAGCCAAUAAUCGAUAAAUAGGCACUAAAAUUAUGUUUUAUAAUUUAAAAGUUAUACUCCAACCAAAAGUUAAUCAAAGAUAUUGGCAUUUAAUGGAGAUUUUUAUAUUUUUAAAUUUAGUGGUUACUCUAGCGGAUUUACGUCGGAACUACGUCGAGUAUGGAGCUUGUUGAGGGGUUGAACGUUCUCGUUUUUAUUAACGCCAUCUAUAAUUAUGUGUAAGAAGCUCGCUUAAAGUUGCGCCAUCUAUCGUUAAUUAUUGCAACAUCGAUCUAGCUUUGCCACAGAUAAUAAAAUAUUACGUUUUUAAAAGAUUGUGUUUAUUUGCAAAAUACAUUUUAUUGAAUUAAUUAAAUGUUUAGUUGUAAUUCUCAUAAAUUAUGGGAGAUACAAUAUCAAAUUUAAAAAAAAAAUAUAACCUGUAUAAAUAUCAUUUAAAACUAAAUUUGAGAACAAAAAAAAACGCAACUUUCAAAUAACGUACGGUAGGUUAGUAACCUACCUAUGUUUAAAAAUGUUUGUUUUCGUUUGAAUUACGAGUCGAACGCGCCUUCUACGUUUUGUGUAUUGUGGUUUACAAACUAACCCUGGACUGAAAUCGGACUUUGAUUUGGCUUCAUGAAACCUGCUUUCACGUAGCGGCACAGGAACAGUGGUUAUAAAAAAUGACUGCACACAAUUGUUCUUAUUAUAAUUGUACAAAUUCUUCGGAACAGAAGUCAAUGUUCCGUUUUCCGUGGGAUGACGUCAACCGCCUAAAAGUAUGGCUUGAGAAUUGCGGUAAUAUGAACAUUGCCCACUUGCCUGCAGAAAAUUUGCGGUCAAGGUAUUUAUGCAUUGACCAUUUCAAUAUCAAGUAUGUACGAAAUGAGACUGGUCAUAGAAAAAGACUCCAGAGAAGUGCAGUUCCAGAACCAUAUCAGACUCAAGACGUUCAAAAUCGCUCAAGCACUUCCUCACCAGGUUCAUCAGGUACUUUUAAAGUACUGACACCGAAAAAGGUGUACAAAAAUAAACGGCUUCGCGACUGCGAACUUGAAGAGCUCGUGGAGCCGCCAGCAUUAGCAUACCAGUGCAACACGCCGAAGAGAAGACGGUUGUCAAUUACUGAAGACACGCCAAAAUGCAAAGUGUUAAAAAAGAAAUUAGUAUUGUAUCUAACAAUAACAAAAUGUAAUACCUUUUGAAUUAAAGAAGUAGUUUAAUUGAAUA